AUGUCCUCUGGCUUCCUCACCACCCACAGCAGCUUGCUGCUCGCUCAACAAUCCAUCAACAAUCCACCAACAAUCCAUCAACAAUCCACCAACAAUCCAUCAACAAUCCACCAACCGUUUACUACCUUCACCACCUUCACCACCUUCACUACCUUCACCACCUUUACUACCUUCACUACCUUCACCACCUUUACCACCUUCACCACCUUUACCACCUUCACCACCUUCACCACCUUCACCACCUUCACCACCUUCACCACCUUCACCACCUUCACCACCUUCACCACCUUCACCACCUUCACCACCUUCACCACCUUCACCACCUUCACCACCUUCACUACCUUCACCACCUUCACUACCUUUACUACCUUUACUACCUUUACUACCUUGACUACCUUCACUACCUUCACUACCUGUCAUGCACAUGCAUUAGCCAGGCACGCCCCCCAGACGUUUCUCUUCUCUCUUCUGCUCAAAAACGCCGACGCAAUCUUGCGCAAGGGCCCUUUCACAGCCAGUAGAAUGUCUGCCACGGCCAAUCCCCGCGGCUUUCGUACCACAUGGCCCGCUGGUGGCAGCAUGUCCCUUGCGGUCGGAGAAUUGUCUAGACUCGAGCACCAUGGAUGA